CAUCGAACCACCAAUUAUUAAUCACACCCCACCUUUUGCUCUCAUCAAUUUCACCUUCAAUUUCCUUCUCUCUGUAUAUUAUUACUCUUCUCUCUCUACAUAUAUAUACACACAAACAUAUUAUUAUAUAUAAAUAUAUAUACAUAUAUAUAUAUAUAUAGGUAUUAAAUGUUCCUUUCGAAUUUUAGCAGUUUUUAAGGGAGUUCUUCAAUUUUGCUUCUUAGGAUCUUUUGUUUACAUUUUUGGAUUCUGGGUUUUUUCGAGAUACAGUUUGGGCUCUUGGGUUUUCUUUUUAUUUUUGAAAUUAAUUUUUCAUGCGAUUUGAAUUGUUUUCAAGGGAUUUUCUUUGAAUUUUAAAUACUAGGGCUUUAUAUAUACACACACAUAAGGUUGGUUGGUUUUGUUGUACAAUUAGAGUGGUCUCUAUUGGACCUGUAAUGCUUGAGAAAUGCCAGAGACGAACCACCAAGGGUCGAUGUAUGUAACGGAGACGAUGAACAUGCAGCGGCAACAGCGGAGCCAGAUCGAAGACGAAGAAGACGAGGAAGUGGCUGCUGGAGAGUCUAUAGACAACCCUCAGAUCAGAUACGAAGAUCACGCGCUUCAGGACGGUGGUGGUGGUGUUGCCGGAGGGAGCGUGGAGGUGAUGAACGGUGUCGAAGGGGUUCAUCCCCACAAUCUGUACGUUCCGGGUUCUGAAAUUACUCCGUCCGCAGGUGGGGGUGGAGUGGACCAGUUGACACUGUCGUUUCAGGGUGAAGUUUAUGUCUUUGAUGCUGUUUCGCCUGAAAAGGUGCAGGCAGUGUUGUUGCUCUUGGGUGGAUAUGAAGUACCAACUGGCAUUCCUACAGCUACAAUGACACCCCAAAACCAAAGGGGUCUGGGUGACUUUCCUGGAAGAUCGAGUCAACCACAAAGGGCUGCUUCCUUGAAUCGGUUCAGGGAGAAGAGAAAAGAACGAUGUUUUGAUAAGAAAAUUCGUUACAAUGUGCGAAAAGAAGUUGCACUCAGGAUGCAGCGUAAGAAGGGUCAGUUUACAUCAUCCAAGGCAGCUUACGAUGAAAUGGGUUCAGCUUCUGCAGAUUGGAGUGGAACUCAGGGUCCUGGCCAUGACGAACAGGAAACUUCAUGUACACACUGUGGAAUUAGCUCAAAGUCUACUCCAAUGAUGCGUCGUGGGCCAACUGGGCCAAGGACAUUGUGCAAUGCAUGUGGGCUCAAGUGGGCGAACAAGGGAGUUCUAAGAGACCUUCCAAAGGCUUUACCAAUGGGAAUCCAAGAUUCUACCGGAAAGGCUAUUGUACAGAGUGAUGGUGAAGCUAAUAACUCAGAUGCUAUAAAUGCCGCUGCUGAUAUAGUCACUUCUAAUGGCGAUAGUUCAGCUGUAACUGCAGAACGGUAUGGAGCCUGAUUUGGAAAUAUAAUGUUAUUUUGGCUUUGCAUCCCAGCCAAUCCAUUUCAGACACCGUGAAUCUUGACAUGUGUUUGCUAUUGUCCUAUAACAUCCGAUUCUGUGUGUAGAUUGAAAUUGGGAAAUUUUAGGGAAGUAAUGGAAGGGAGUAAGUUGUAUCAGUAAUUUAUUUGUCUGCCACCCAGCCUCAGCGCAACAUAAGGAAAAUAUUUUUUGUUUUUUUGUUGCAAACUGGACGUCUGAGAUAUGUGAAGCCUUUGUAUGUUACAAAAAACCCUUGCUAAGUCAUUGUUAGAGAAAUAAUUAUUAGAAUCAUCAGCUUUUGAUGGCUUCAAGAAAUAUAUGGGGUUUCAUGGUGUAUAA